AUGUUUGCUAAAGUGUUAUUGUUAUCUGUGGUAUGCACAGCAGUGCAUUCGGCUGUGGCCAGGGAUGAUAUGGGAGUCAAAUAUAUCAUGAGGAUUUACGAAGAUUGUCAAAGAAGCGAUGGAAUUGUUCCAUGUCUGAAGAAGAAGGCGAUUCUCUUUUUCGACAGAGCUGCAAGGAUGGAUGCUAUACCUUUAGUGGAUGGUGUUGAUAUUGUGAAAACUUCUGAAACGGAAGUGACGCCUAUGAGUGAGAAUGACAUAGAGUCAACUUUGCCGAGGAAUUUGAACGAUAAGAAUGAGGCUCUAACUGAUAUGCUGUGGGACAGGAUUGCCUCUUUCGCCAAUUCCAGGACUAUUCAGCUGUCUUUGCCCAGGAUUUCUGGUCAGGAUCUCAACAAGGGUGUUGAAGAAGGUCGAGGCAAGAUGAAGAAGAUGAUGGGGAUGAUGAUGAUGGGAGCCAGCAUGAAGAUGGCGGCUUUGAUACCCCUGGCCAUUGCUGGUCUCUUCGUUCUGGCGGGGAAGGCUUUGAUAGUCGCUAAGAUCGCUCUCCUUCUGUCCGGGAUCAUUGCUUUGAAGAAGAUCAUGUCUCAGAAGGGAGGUGGUCACGAGAGCCACGGCUGGUCUUCCGGAGGCAGCAGCGGCGGUUGGGAUCGCAGAACUUACACUGACGCCUCGGACUUGGCCUACAGCGCUUAUAAUACCAACUAGUUUUUAUCCGUAAUCGGAAUGAUAUGAGACAAUAGAAAUACUUGAAACUAUUGGAAUUAUGUGUUGUCUUGCAUCUCAUUC